CAUUUAUCAUUGAUGCACUGAUUCUCAUAUCUCAAUGUCCACACUCCACACCUCCUUAUCUCUAUCUAUUACUAUAUCUUUAUUAUACCCUUAUAAAGCACAAUGACCACUUCAAACCUUAGCAUAUCCUAGCAUAUUGGCACAACCCCAUCAUCAUCAUCCAUGGACUGGUUCUCUUGGCUAUCCAGAACCACUCUUGAGCCUUCCUUAAUCUACGACUAUGGCCUCACCUUUGCCCGCAACGAGCUCCAAUUGGAAGAUGCUCGCUACUUCAACCACGAGUUUCUUCAGAGCAUGGGAAUCUCAAUUGCCAAGCACAGGCUAGAGAUUCUCAAGCUUGUGAAGAAACAAGAAGGAGGAGCAACAGCACGGCCCAAUAAGAAGCUCUCUGGGGUCAUCAAGAAGUGCCUAAGGAAGUGCAUGAACAAGUUUGUUUCUCGUGAAGAUCAUCAUCAUCAUCAUGCAGUGAAACACGUGCCAUGCUCCAUGGUGCCUGUGUCAGUGCCACCACCACCACCACCCCCUGAGAUUAGUUGGUAUCACCAAGGGAAAUUGAAAGGGUCACUUGUGAGGAAGCAACAAGGGAGUGAGGAACUUAAGGAAGAAGAAAAAGAAAAGCCUUUACCUGUGCCACCCAUGUACAGAAGCAGGACCAUAGCACUAUCAGGACCUUUGGAAUAUGGUAGUAGAAUGCAUCAUGAGAAAAUGGCCCAGAACAGGGCCUUGAAGCUAUCUGGGCCACUUGAUGGAAGAAUGCAUGAGAGAAUGAUGAUGAACAGUACUAAUAGUAGAAGCCCUUUGAUGCCUAGGCCUUUGGAUGCAAGAUUUGUGGCCACAACAAGGAGUCCAAGAGUGUCUGGGCCUCUGGAUCCAAGAGUGAUGGUUGAGAAUAGAAGCCCGAGACUGACACGGCCUUCGAAUGCAACUAGGGCUGAAACUCAGAGCCCAAUGGGUUAUAGUCCUUAUAACAAGCCCAAAGCUGAUUUUGAUUUUGAUGAUGAUGAUCACACACUCUGGCCUUCACUGUUUCAAGAUCUCAAACCAACUUGAUUUUGUUUUUGUCAUUGCUUUUUUGGCGUGGGCUUAGAUGCCAUGUAGCAUAUAAUGGAAGACCAGGAAACAGCAGAUAAACAGGUUUGCCUAGAAAAGAAACCAAGGAGUGAUCUGCAUUAUUUGUUAUCCAGCUUCACUAUUUUUUACUGGCCUGAAGUUUGAGGUAGCUUAAAAGAACCCCCGGCAUAAAGCAUUUGGUAAACGGGCUUAAUUCUUACGGUCAAGAUAAUGCUGGAGAUGGUUCCCGCAACACACACACCAGCCAGAGUCAAAAAGGUUAGCUUGAAACAAUUUGGACCCAUGCAUGCAACACUUGAAGCAAUGAGGCCUACACCGUGUUGUUUUGCUGCCUCAUUGUCGUAUAUAUGUCCUGCUAGAAGAGCAGAGAAAAGAAAUGCACCAAGUGGGUUCCCCAAAGCCAUGAAGUUGCUCAAUAGACCGAAGUCUUUCAAACCAAAAAGCUCCGAAACAGUGGGAAUCACUAUGGAAAACUGCA